CAACAAUACUAUCGAGUGUUGCUGACGGUUGAUGAGCUGCCCGACCAGACAGCGGGUGCUUGAGAUAUUCAAUUUGCAUGUGUGAUGUGAGAAGUGCAAUCGAAGAGUCACCGUUUUCAAAUAUUAUCAAAACAUUUUCUUCAAAUUGAGCUAAUUAAAUGUUGUGAACAUAAUAUUCGUCAACAAAAUUUUGAUUUCAAAUUAAAGCAAUUAGAAAGCAGUUACGCCAAAUAAAAAAAAACCAAUUCGAAUCUUAUCAACCAAAAUAUAAAGCAUACAUACAAAGUUAAACUAUAUUGAUUUCCUCUAGUGCAUUAGUUCAUAAAAUUAAUUUACUACUCAAGAGAAAGUGAAUAGCUUAUUACAGUGAAAUUUUUCUAGUGAUUGGUUUACAAUUAUCGCAUGGAAAAACAACUACAAUAAAAAAUAGCAACAGAAGUUUCAGAUCGCAAAGCCAAAUACAACACAAUGAAAGAUAAAGAAGAAGAGGCGGAGGCGAAUAGUAGAAAAUUAUCUACGGCGGCGUCUACGAGCGUUUAUGAAAUGGAUAUAGACGAAUCGGAGAUAAACGAUCCCUUCCAGGCGCUCAUGGAGAAAGCGGGCAACCAUGGAAGCUAUCAGACCCUCUACAACUAUGUGUUCGUUGCUGGGCUGGCCUUUGCUGGUGCCAUGAUCUACAUGAAUAUUAUAUUAGCCCUGAAUAUACCCGAACACUGGUGCACGGUGCCGGGCAGGGAGUACACAAACUACACAAUAGAGGAAUGGCGUGAUUUGACAUUACCCAAACAGAAAGACAAUCGGAACAAGGAGACGUACAGCAAUUGUGAAAUGUACGAUGCCAACUUUACAGAGCUAACGAAUUUCACUGCCUGGAGCAGUAGUAAGAAUCAGACUACAGUUUGCCAGCACGGCUGGAGCUACGACCGGACCUGGUACGACAGCUCAAUACCCACCGACCAGGACUGGAUCUGUGCCAAGGAUUUGUUCGUAACGAAUGUGUUCGUUAUUGGUCGCGUAACGGAGGUGGUUGGCUCAUUUAUAUUUGGACAAAUGGGCGAUUCCUUUGGUCGCAGCAUUGUCUACUACAUUAGUGUCGUCUUCUGCUCGGUGGGGCGACUGGGGUCCGUGAUGUGCACAUCGUCGUACACAUGGUUCCUCAUCAUGUCCGGCAUUGUGGGACUCACCGUCAACAGUCUCUUUCAAUCGCCACAAAUUAUUGGCAUGGAAAUCUCACGGGAGGAGGAUCGCAGUCGAAUUGCCUUCUUUCAGAGCGUUGGCUGGUCGGUGGGCACAACGUUGAUGCCUUUGCUCUUCUGGUGGCUGCGCCACUGGGAAUCCUUUAUGUGGCUGACAUCGCUGCCAACGGCAAUGGUUUUAAUUUUCUCCAAAUACACAAUCGAAUCUCCUCGUUGGUUGAUUAGCAAGCGACGCUUCCGCGAAGCCAUUGUGCAGUUCAAGAAGAUUGCGAAAAUUAAUGGGCGAGAAUUCCAUGUGACCGAGAAAGAGCUGACCGAAAUCUAUAGUCUGGAUGGGCAUGAGGUUACAUAUGGAAUGGCAUCGCUGUUCGCCGGCUGGCGUCUGGCUCGGAAUACCAUCAUCAUGGGGUUUAGCUGGUGCGUGGUUGCCGUUUCCUACUUCACGCUGGUCCUCUUCAGUUCGCGGAUGGCUGGCAAUCCGUUUUUGAACUUUUUGUACCAAAGUAUUGUGGAAAUACCCGCCUACAUGGUCGGCAGAUAUGUGGGCGACAAAUAUGGCCGUAGGUUUACCAAUUCUGUAUCCUUUCUCAUAUCCUUCUUCACCUGCCUGCCCAUCAUUGUCUACGCAACGGAUGAGAAAUUCGAAUGGAUAAUGAUCUAUCUGGCCACAUUCAUUAAGUUCCUCAAUGCGCUCACAUUCUUCACGGCCAAUUUACAGUGCCUGGAGAUCUAUCCCACCUGCAUAAGGCAGACGGGAGUCGCACUGGGAUCCAUACUAGCGAAUGGGAUUGGUGUCCUUGCACCGUAUCUGGUUUACUUGGGGACGACUGUGAAUAUUCGAGCGCCUUAUUAUAUACUGGGCACCCUGUUUCUGCUGGGCGGAAUCGGGGCACUGUUUCUACCCGAGACGCUGCACAAGAAGUUGCCAGACACCAUCGAGGAGGCAGACAACUUUGGGAGGCACGAUAAAUUCUUCAGUCUGCCAAAACCGCCGUUGGCGCAGGACAUAAAGUCGAAAAUGAAGCCGGAGCCGAAGCCAGAGCCAGAGCCAGAGUUAACCAAGUUGAAUCAGCCAUCAUAUGCGCCUUGAAGCUGGCAAUUGAUUUGGUUUGGUCCCGUUGUGAUGUUACCAUUAAGUACGCCCCAAGUAUUAAGAAUAAAGUGUUGUUAUGCUUAAA